AUGGCAUCUUCAGCGACUGAUCAUUGGAAAAAGAGAGAAGAAUGGAAGAAACAAAAGGAAUUGGAGGAAGCACGUAAAGAGGGUACAGCACCUGCAGAGGUAGAUGAAGAUGGUAAAGAGAUUAAUCCACACAUUCCACAAUAUAUGAUGCAGGCACCUUGGUAUGUGUCGACCAACAAACCAUCACUCAAACAUCAACGUGCAUUCAACAAAAAGACAGACUAUGACAAGGGAUGGUAUGAACGAGGUGCACAGGCAGCACCGGCAUCGACAAAAUACAGAAAGGGAGCGUGCACCAACUGCGGUGCAAUGACACAUAAAGCAAAGGAUUGCUGUGAACGACCGAGAAAGGUUGGUGCCAAGUUUUCAAACGAUGACAUCAAGGCCGACGAGGUUGUUCAAACAUUGGACUUGGACUAUGAUGGUAAACGUGACCCAUACAAUGGAUAUGACCCAGACUCUUUUAAGGAAGUGGUCGAUCUAUAUGAACGUGCCGAUGCAGCAAGAAAAAAAAAGAAAUUGGAAGAGAUUAUGAAACAGUAUGGUAUGAAAGAAUCAGAGGCUGCAGCCAAACAAGAAGAACUGCUCAAAGAUGAAGAAGACAAGAGUUUUGAUGUGGAUGGUAUGGAUCUGCAUCAACGUCUUGAUCCAAAGUCAAGAACUACUAUUAGAAACUUGCGUAUUCGUGAGGAUACUGCCAAGUACUUGUACAAUCUCGAUCUAGACUCUGCGUUUUACGAACCAAAGAGUAGAUCGAUGCGUGACAAUCCUCUACCAAAUGCUGGUGACAUUCCGUUUGCUGGAGACAACUUUACAAGGGCGUCGGGUGACACCAAGAACUUUGGACAGAUGCAAAUGUUUAGUUGGGAGGCGUACGACAAGGGACAAGACGUCGACUUGAACGCCGCUCCGUCACAAGCCGCUCUCUUGCAUCUCGAGUUUCUCCAAAAGAAGGAGGCACUCAAGAACAAGGCCAAAGAAACACUCGUCAACAAGUAUGGCGAGCAGACAGAGAAAGCAGACGAGGAUGCAGCCGCUGCAGACCGUAUUGCCCAAACCGAGGUCUACACAGAGUACUCUGCGUCGGGUAAACUCAUCAAAGGCGAGGAGAAACUUGUCAAGAGCAAGUAUGAAGAGGAUGUAUAUAGUAACAAUCAUAAAUCAGUUUGGGGAUCGUAUUGGGAGAGUGGUCAAUGGGGUUAUCAGUGUUGUAAACAAACUAUCAAACAAUCUUAUUGUACAGGUGAAGCUGGUCGUAAAUUAAAAGAUCAAUCAAGAUUACAAUUACAACAACAACAAACUACAAAAGAUCAAUCAAAGAUUGAAACAACAGAAAAUGAUAAACAACAAGAUGAAAAUAAUAAUAAUAAUAAUAAUCAACAACAAAAAUCAUUAUUGGAACAAAAAGAAUCAAUGACAGAAAAAGAGAAAAGAUCAAUUGAAAAGGAAAAGAGAAAAAAAGAAAAACAAGAAGAAAAAGAUAGAAAGAAACGUUUCAAAAAGGCUCUCAAGGAACAAGAUGAUCAUGCCAAAUCAAAUGUUGAAACAGAUGAGAGAAAACGUGGUUACAAUUCAUUUGCAACAGCCGAUGAUUACAAUGUCACUGAAGAGGAUUUAGAAGCUUAUAAUCUUAAGCGAGUUCGUGGUGAUGAUCCAAUGGCAAAUUAUAAAGAAUAA